GGGUGAGUUAUUCCUUUAAACUUUAGCUUUGUUGGUGUUUGGGGGUACUCAUAGUGGGGAAUGGAACAUUUCUGUAAGAGAAGCUGAAGGGUGUGAGGAGACCUCCCUCCCUGUCUAUGAAAAUGGACACUGCUGGUGUAUUUAUAGAACAGACACAGUGAUGUGCACUCUUUUUUUUUUUUAAGAGACCAACCAUUGCACACAUUCGUCAUAACCAUAUGAUAUAUCAUGCUAGAAGCUACGUGCUCUUCUUUCAUAAAUUUAAACACUUUGGGAGGAAACACAGGUAGGCUAAACUACAUUUAAAAUUACAAAUCCAGUGUUCUGAGUGGAAGUACACAAAGAGAGAUACACCAAACUAAAGGGAGUUGCUAUGGAGAAGCCAGUUUUACAAACGCAGUCCUCUAUGCUGCCAUUCUUUGAUGCAGCCCAUGCUGUCAACUUGCUCCGUGGUAUCAACGAGCUCCGUGCAGAGCGCAAGUUCUUUGAUGUCACAUUGUGCGCUGAGGGCAAAGAGUUCCACUGCCAUCGAACUGUGCUAGCAGCUGCCAGCACCUACUUUCGCGCCAUGUUUGCCGGUACGCUUCGAGAAAGCGCAAUGGACCGUGUGGUACUGCACGAGGUAUCAGCCGAACUCUUGGGCCUCCUGGUGGACUUUUGCUACACAGGUCAUGUCACUGUCACACACGACAAUGUGGAUCUCCUACUCAAGACAGCGGACCUCUUCCAGUUCCCUUCUGUCAAAGAGGCAUGCUGUGCUUUCCUGGAACAGAGGCUUGAUGUCUCCAACUGCUUGGAGAUCCAGGACUUUGCAGAGGCUUAUGCCUGCCACGAGUUGGCCACUAGUGCUCGCCGUUUUGUGCUGAAGAACAUUGUGGAGUUGGCAAAGAGCAUAGACUUUGAAAGGCUGUCUUGGAAGCGACUACUGGAGUUUGUGUCUGAUGAUGGACUGUGUGUGGAUAAGGAAGAAACGGCAUACCAGAUUGCCGUACGCUGGGUCAAAGCUGACCUGCAGCACCACUUGCAUUACUGGCCUGAACUGCUGCAGCAGGUGCGCCUUCCGUUUGUUCGACGUUUCUACCUUCUGGCCCACGUGGAGAGUGAUCCGCUGGUCUACUUGUCACCUGCGUGUUUGCGGUUGGUCAGUGAGGCACGUAGCUUUCAGUCAUACGAAUAUGACCGCCAUGACCGACCCAGCCAUCGAAUGCGCCCUCGUCCGUCCACUGGCCUGGCUGAAAUUCUGGUGGUGGUGGGAGGAUGUGAUCAGGAGUGUGAUGAGCUUGUCACUGUGGAUUGCUACAACCCUCAGACUGGACAGUGGAGAUAUUUAGCUGAAUUUCCAAACCACCUUGGAGGUGGCUACAGCAUAGCAGCCCUGGGCAACGACAUUUACGUGACAGGUGGCUCGGAUGGAUCACGUCUGUAUGAUUGCGUUUGGCGCUACAACUCCAGUGUGAAUGAAUGGACAGAGGUCUGCCCCAUGCUGAAAGCUAGAGAGUACCACAGCUCAUGUGUUCUCAAGGGCCAGCUCUAUGUGGUUGCUUUGGACAGCACAGAACGCUAUGACCAUAUCUUGGACUGCUGGGAGACCUUGCCACCCAUGCUGCAUCCCAUGGAUAACUGUUCUACCACGGCUUGCAGGGGACGGCUCUAUGCAAUUGGCUCUUUAACUGGAGAGGACACAAUGGCUAUUCAGUGCUACGAUGCUGAUAGCAAUUGCUGGACCCUUGUGAACAGUGAAGAGUUGCCUCCAUGGUCUUUUGCCCCCAAACCAGUGACUUUAAAUGGCUUGAUCUACUUCGUAAGGGAUGAUUCGGCAGAGGUUGAUGUCUACAACCCACAGAAAAAAGAAUGGGACAAUAUUAGUCCCAUGACGCAAGUUCAUGUUGGAGGCAGUGUGGCAGCUCUGGGUGGUCGGAUCUAUGUGUCCGGUGGCUAUGACAACACAUACGAGUUGUCCGAUGUGGUUGAGGUCUACGAUCCUGCUUCUCGAUCUUGGACCCCAGCAGGCCGCCUCCCCCAGCCCACCUUCUGGCAUGGAAGUGUUAGCAUAUUUCGACAGUUUAUGCCCCUGGUCCCUAGAACCUUUGAACCCAUCGACAUACCUGAGGCUAGUGCCAUCCACCUCCACAGACACCACCGCAACCAGGCACUUAACAACUACAACAACAAUGUCAAUCAGAACCACAACCAAGAUCUCAAUCAAGUGCAUUGAGAGCUUUUAUAGAAAUCAAGGCUGAAGGUUUCUUGGAUGUUUGCAGAUGGACAUUAAUUUGACUUUAAUUUGUGUUUGCACUUUAUAACAUAUUCACCUCAACUGGGCAGUAAAGGGAGCAGGUGAAUAGACAAUCAAUGCUUAAAUUAUUUUUUAUUUUAACUCUUUAAAUGUUGCAUGCAGUCAACACUGGAUGUGUUUACCAUGAACAGAGACUUAAAAAAAAAAAAAAAAAAGGAAAGUGACUAUGUAAGACUGCCUACAGCAUUUUAUGAUUUUCAAGCAAUCCAUAAUCCAUACCUUGGAAAUACAUGGAGGUUCCCCUCACUUUUUUUUUAUAUUAUUUCACUAAAUUAAUAAGCAUGGACCUUUUAAUGUGAUCCAAAACUUUGCAACUUCAAGUCCACAUCCCAAAGUAAACUUGUUCUUACCAAACAAACAAAACAAAAACAUUUUGAGACCCCAAGCUUUCAGAAAGUUGAAGGUUUGGAUCCAAUUCAAUUGUAGAUACUUCUUUGUAACAUGAUUUAAAUGUAAUUAUUCUGCAAUGUGGAAAACAGAUGAAGAUGGUUGUUUGUAUAAGCAAAGAAGAGUCUGACAUGAAUAUUUUGGAGAAUCCAAGACUUUCCAAAAGCAAAAUAAUUCUGUUUGAAGGAUACACUUUGAAGGCCACAGCAUCAAAGUUUUUAUUUUUUUCAUUUAUCUUGCUUGAACUGCAUUUGUCAGACAAUCUACAGUAGCAUGCAUGAAAUGCUCGCAUAUUCUGUGAAUUUAUCAAACUCUUAUAUUUUAAUAAGUUAAGUUUAUUUAUAAAUAUUUAGUCAACUAUUUUUAUGGAAGGUAUGUUACAGUUUUUGAGGAACAGCUUGUUUGUAUUAUGCUGCUUGCUGAUGACAUGAAGAAUAACAUGAAAUUAUGUGAAGCUUUUGUAAUUUUAUGAAAAAUUGUAUCAGGAUUCUGUAAGAAUAACUGGAAGCAAUAAUUCAGAAACUCAUUCUUGUGUAAAAGUGUGUGUUUGAUAAUACCAUUACUUAUGAAACUGAUUAUUCAUAAAGCGGUAAUCAACAUUUGUUAUUUUAUUUUUCUUAAGGAAUGUUUAGUUUGUUUUGUGGCCAAUGUAAUUAUAACAAUGUUGACUGGAUGUUUUGAUUUGUGCCGUAAUGUUUGUAAGUGUGGUCAACAAAUAAAUAACAGGCUGCACUUUUACUUUGUCUUUUCAUUUAUAUAUAUAUUGGAAUAGUUUGGAAUAAUGUACAGAUUUAGCUUUUAUGGAAAUAAAUUGGUACUUUUAUUCACCAAAGUGGCAUUCAUCUGAUCACAAUGUAUAGUCAGGACAUUAAUAAUGUGAAAAAUUACUAUUAAAUUCAGAACUUCUUACACUCUUUCAAAGACUUCUCAUCAAAACAAUCCUCCAUGUGCAGCAAUGGCAGCUUUGCAGAUCCUUGGCAUUCUAGCUGUCAGUUUGUCCAGAUUCUCAGGUGGCAUUUCACCCCCACGCUUUCUUGGCUGUCUUGUCAGGCACUUCUCAUCCACUUUACAGUCUAGAUAAAUCACAAAAGCUCAAUAGGGUUAAGAUCCAUAACACUCUUUUCCAAAUAUCUGUUGUCCAAUAUCUGUGUUUCUUUGACCACUCUAACCUUUUCUUUUUGUUUUUCUUUUUCAAAAGUGUUUUUUUCUUUGCAAUUCUUCCCAUAAAGCCUGCACCCUAGUCUUCACUUUACUAUUGUACAUGAAACCUGAUGCUAUCAGCUGAGGACAUGUGAGGCAUCUAUUUCUCAAACUAGAGACUGAUGUAAUUACCCUCUUGUUUAGUUGUACAUCUGGCCUUCCACCUCUCUUUCUGUCCUUGUUAGAGCCAGUUGUCCUUUGUCUUUGAAGAAUGUAGUGUACAAA